AUGCACACCAAAUGGAAAGCGGGCGGCAAGCUCGCCUACAACGCGGUCGCACCGCACUCGCCGCUGGAUGUCUCGACGAUGGACCCGCCCAACUCGGAGAUCACGCAAGAGGACGAUCCUGUGCUGAUGCAAAACGUGGAGGGCAUGUUUAUGCUCGACCUCUUCCGCGCCGGCAACGUCGCCGCUGUCGUCGACCGCAUCACCACCAAGGCGUACACGACCAACGACUUGACGCGCCAUGUCAUGGGCGUGAACCUCUCGAGCGCCGCCUGUCGUGCGGGCAACCUCGAAGUUGUCGAUCUCAUUCUCACCGCGACCGACUUUACGAGCAUUCCUGACUAUGAGCUUUUCCCGAUCAUUGGUGCCAUUGCCAACAAGCACGAGCGCAUCGUGCGUCGACUGCUGGCCGCGAUCCCAACAUCGGCGACCAUCGCUCUGGACCAUAAAGGCAACACGGCGCUGCACAUUGCUGUCAAGUGCGGCGCGGGGGCCGUGGUCCACGAACUUUUACCGCAUUCGAACGUCAAUGCGUCCAACCGCAGUGGACGUACGCCACUGCACAUGGCCGUGCGCCGCGCGUCGUACGCCUGCGUCGAUGCGCUUGUCAACAUGGAAGCCCGUGUCGAUGCCGUCGACAAAAACGGAGACACGCCACUGCAUCGCGCCGCGGCCAAGCCGCGCAGGCCCCUCGAGACAGUUCUUCGCAUGUUGGACCGUCUAUUUCGGGCCAACGCGAGUGUCGAAGUGCGCAACACGCAAGGUCUUCUGGCCGUCGACUUGGCGUCAAGCAAACCGCUUCAGGAAAUAAGGGAUGCGAUUGCGGCGGAAGCGGAGUUCCGAAAGCGGUUCCCACGCCACUGCCUUGCCCGCAAUGGCAACUUUCGGCAAAUCGACCAGUGGCUGGCGUCGAUUGUGCCGCCGACCGACGUGCCGUUCACGCCGGUUCCCGGCACGAGCAUCCGCGACCAAGAAGUCCUCGACGGGAGCAUGCAAUUGCGGCUUGUGCGCUGCCCGAAUGAGACGCAGUACCGCUUCCUCGGUAUCAAUGUCAACACGACAGGCAAGCCAUGGACAGUCGUGGGUGCCUGGUCGGUCCGCGACAACUCCGUGUCGAUGGUGCAGUCGUACGCACUGGGCGACAGCCAGUACGCACGCGUCACGUUUGUGGGACCGAUCGACGUGGACACUGGCAUUUGGACUGCGACAUUUCUCGACGCGGCCAACCAGCUCACGGGCAUCAACAAGUACACGUUUCCACUCUGGUCGUGCCUGCGCUGCAACAAGGCCAAGCUGCCGAUCGAGGGGAGUGAGUGCCUCAGCUGUAUGGACCCCGGGCGGACUGCUCUGGAACUGAUCACCAUGGCGCGUCUCAUGUGUGCAACGGCAUGGGAGAGCGACUUGAACAUCCAGCUGCUCGAAUGCAUCUCGAUGCUAUCCCAGCUCACCAAAUGCCCCAUUACACCGCAGGCCGCGUGGACACGCGCGGUGCGUCACUGGGACCAGACGGAGAAGAGCUACCAGCUCGUUGCUGCCAAGCAGCGCGUAAAGCAAGAACAUCCGCGCUACUACGCCGUGAACGUCGAGACUGUAGCGAAUGCUGUCGCUUUCAUCCAGGCUGGGCAGUCGGCGCUCCUCCUCGCUGCCCUUCAUGGGCACGAAACCAUUGUGCGGGAGCUAUUGCUGCAUUUGGCGGACCUCAACUUGUCGCCUUCGACAACCGUUGCGUCCGUGCUUGCGAGUGCAUCGCCACGUCCACCAAUGCAUGACGAUAUUCAAGAAAUCCUGGCGACCGAGGCACUACUGCGCGUCAAGUCGAAUGAGCACCGUGCCAAGAUCGCCAAGCGUCUGCGCCAGCUCGGCACAGAGGAGGCACUGACCACCAACGGAUUUGCUAACGCCCUCACCAGCGACCCGGGGAUCGCGAGCGGCUUCUUGAGCGACUGCGUCAAGCUCGACCGCCAUGAAGUGUGCUUCACCGAGAUGGAGCACAUCUUUGGCCGCGACUACGAGUAUUGCGUGCACUACCAUCUCUUCGAUCUCGAAACCAACGAUCCGAUAUUGAUCGAUCGCGUUCAGACUGAGUGCAUGGAACACAUAACGAUGCUGCGCCUGCUGCAGAUCAAAUGGGAGCUCUUUGGCCGGCGCGCGUACCUCCAACAAUGCCUCAUCAACCUACUUUUGCUUAUUCUCACGACCAUCUCGUGCACGCUCUCGCCCGACGGAGCACCCAACACAGCGGCGUUUGGCACUGGCGCUGCCACGCUCGUCUUUGUGGCGGUCAGCUACGGCAUGGUGCAGUGGCUCCGGCCCCGGCCCCUCUGGCGCCUUGCACGGCUCACGUACGAUCGGUCUUUCGAAUUCGACCCUGACAUGAAGAUCCCAAAGCUGCGAGCGCGGAAAAGCCUCGUCAAGCAGCUGCUCGUUGUUGCGACCUUUGCGAUCACGCUGCUUCUUGUGGUGCCCAUCUUGUGGCUGCUGCUCUACUUUGAGCUCAUCGAUUGGUUUCCCGCUACGGCGCAUGCUCUUGUCGGGCUUGCGGCGCUCUAUUUUUUGUACAUUCAGCGGCAGGAGGCCACGAGCGACAUGGAAGCGGUAAAGAAGUCGCGCCUCGCCAGGUUGCAACUGCUCCUGUACCUCAUCAUCGUGUGCGUCUACGUCCCGAUGAAGCUCCACUGGCUGGACGCGUCAACAUCUGUGCAAACAGGUCUCGGCAGCAUCAUCACGAUCGUGCUCUGGGUGCUCUCGCUGCAGUUUCUCAAAGUCGUGCCGGCGGUGAGUUUUCUCUUGCCCAUGGUCGGCGACCUUCUCGUGGAUGUGGGCAAUUUUUUCAUCUUCUUUGGGGUUGUCCAAGUCGGGCUCGCGCUCACGUUCUACCAGCUCUUCCGCGAAAAAGACGUUAAAGAGUUUAGCACCCUCUGGCAAUCAUUUGUGACGACAUAUUUUGUUACGUUUGGGAACGUCCCGCUCGACGCCAUCUCGUCGUUUGAUCCGGAGACCGAAAGCUUCUUGACGGCGUGCGCCACUUUGCUCUUCAUGUGCCAAUCAGCGACGAUCGUUUUGCUGCUCAUCAACGUCCUCCUCGCCAUGAUGAACAAGACGGUCGAUGUUGGGCUCAACCGCGCCAAGAGCCAAGCCCUCUCAAGCUACGCCCAGAGCAUCUUGCACUUGGAGAUGUCCCAGCGAAUGAACAAGAGUGAGCGCAUGGACCUCAUGGACUUCCGCCGCCCAUCGCUCAAGGAGCCUGCGGGCUUGCUGAACCCGAUCUUCACCGAGACACUUCCACGCGCCGAAUGGCCCGUCUCGGCUGAGGACGACGCCGCGUUGACAGAGUACGCAGCGUCAAAAGAGGCGCCCAAGCGCAGUAUGGAGGCCGCAAAGUGCCAAGUUGACGACGCGCUUGACGCAUUCGAAGCAACGUUUGUCCGCGUCGGGCAUUUCACACCGUUGGACGUCAAGAGCGUGUUCCGCACCGAGCUCACGCUCUUCGCGGCAACGAGGGCUCGAACCACCGACCUUUUCGCCUCUGCCACGGAUGGGCCCACGACGUCCGUUCGUGUCCAGCGCGAGGUCGCCAAGCUCCGGGAUGCCAUCAUUGACUUGUGGCAGCCCGACGUGCAAGGCGUUGUCGCUACGACGCCCCACGGCCAGUGCGUGCUUUUGUAUCAGCUGUCGCACCAAGCGACGUUGAAAGAGAUGGCGAAGCGGAUGCUGGUGACGAUUGCGAACAUUUUUGCACCGGCUCAAGAGCGCGUUGAAGCACCAGUGUCGGCAAACGACGAAAUCGCGAGCCUCAAGAGCCUUCUGAACGACCACACGCGCCUUGUUCAGACGCUCUUGCUAGAGAUGCAAGGGCUGCGCCAGCAAAUGGAGACGACAACCGCACCCAAGAAGCAACGGGCGAGCCGAGGCAACGCCUAAGGAACUGCAUUUACCGGUACUUGAACAUUGUUGGAUGUAUUGAUUUUGCCCUUCGAA